ACUCCUGCUGAAGCAACUGAGACACACCAUUAUAAAGAUGGAGUUUAUUAAAGAGGAGAGUGAAGACAUGAAGAUUGAAGACACAUUCAGAGUCAAACGUGAAGAUACUGAGACACAAACAGACCUGAUGGCACUGAAAGAGGAGAGUCAAGAACUGAAUGAAAUGGAAGAGAAAAACAUCAUGCCUGGAAAAGAAUCUUUCAGUUACUCACAGAACCAUAAAGCAGAAGCUAGAAAUCUUAAUACCCACGUGACGAUUCACACUCCAGAGGAGCUUUACAACUGCAAACUGUGUGGCAAGAGUUUCUCACUAAAAGGGAAUCUUAAGACUCACAUGAGAAUUCACACCGGAGAGAAGCCAUUCAAAUGCUCUCAGUGUGGAAGGACUUUUACACAGAAAAAAACCCUUACAGUCCACAUGAGAAUUCACACCGGAGAGAAACCUUACACCUGUAAACCAAGUGGGCAGAGUUUCACUCAAAAACAAGGCCUUAAAGGCCACUUGAAAAUCCACACUGGAGUUAAUCUCUUUAGAUGCCCUCAGUGUGGAAAAAGUUUUACGCAGAAAAAAACCCUUGAUACCCACAUGAUAAAUCACAGUGGAAAGAAGCCUUACACCUGCAAACUGUGUGGAAAGAGCUUCUCUCUAAAUAGACGACUUAAGGCUCACAUGAAAAUUCACACAGAAGAGAAACCGUUCACAUGCUCUCAGUGUGGAAAGAGUUUUAAAGGGAAAAGAGGUCUUAAUGUCCACAUGAGAAUUCACACUGGAGAGAAACCGUUCACCUGCUCUCAGUGUGGAAAGAGUUUUAAGCAGAAAAGAGAUCUAAAUGGCCACAUGACCAAUCACACUGGAGAAAAGCCUUACGGAUGCAAACUGUGUGGGAAGAGCUUCAAGCAAAAAGAAACUUUUAAGACUCACAUGAGAAUACACACUGGAGAGGAUCCGUUUGUUUGUGAUCAGUGUGGAAAGAGCUUCAGAUGUAGAGAAUACCUUAAUCAUCACAUGAGGAUUCACUCAGGAGAGGACUGUUUUAUAUGUCAUCAGUGCGAAAGGAGUUUCACAGAGAGGAAUCAACUUGAGAAUCAUGUAAAAAUUCACAUCGGGGAGAAGCCUUACAUGUGUCAUCAAUGUGGAAUGAGUUUCACAAAUGGAUUAAACCUGGAGGAUCACAUGAGAAUUCACUCUGGAGAGACGCCUUUCACCUGCAAACUGUGUGGAAAGAGCUUCACAAUUAAAGGGGACCUUAAUAUUCACAUGAAAGUUCACUUUGGAGAGCAGCCUUACAAGUGUCAUCAGUGUGAAGAGAGUUUCACAGACAGGAAUCACCUUGAGAGUCAUGUUAAAGUUCAUAUCGGGGAGAAGCCUUUCUUGUGUCCUCAUUGUGGAAAGAGUUUCACACACAGAUCAAACUUUGAGUAUCACUUAAGAAUUCACACUGGAGAGAAGCCUUUCACCUGUCCUCAGUGUGGAAGGAGCUUCACAGUUAAAGGAAACCUUAAACUGCACAUGAGAGUUCACACUGGAGAGAAACCUUACAAGUGUCUUCAGUGUGAAAAGAGUUUCAGAAUUAAAGGAAACCUUAAGAUUCACAUGCGAGUUCACACUGGAGAGAAGCCUUACAAGUGUGUUCAGUGUGACAUGAGUUUCACAUAUCACAUAAGCCUGAAACAGCAUUUACAAAAUCAUUGUGAAAAGAAUUUCUCGUUUUCCUUCAUGUGACGAGGUUUUUAAAAAGGAGUAAUUUCAGCAAAAAUCUGUGUAUUCACUCUGAGGAAAGACAAUUUAAUUGUGAUCAAUGCAAUAAAGUCAACACACUUAUCCGUAUGUGAAGUCAUGUAAAUGUGAGAGCCUGUUUAUGUUCUUAGUAUGACAAUAGAAAAUGCACAUUCUUGAAA